AUCCACCUACAUCCAACCUCCCCCCCCCGCCUCGACUUCUCACGUCAUCAUCGUCUUCCCGUUCCGAACCUGACAGACGAUGUCCUUCAACGACCUCGAACGCGGUACAGGCUCCAACCAAGGUCGCUCCUCGCCCCUUCGGCCAGGUCGGCCCAGCUCUUCAGGGCCCCUACCCCUCUACCACGCCCCCCGCUCCUCUGCCGCCUAUCGUGAUGACGACGAUGACCGAGGCUUUGCCGCUUCUACCUCCAACACCGGUACAGCCAAUCCAUCUCCAGAACAAGUUGCAGAAUUUAAGCGGUUGGCAGAUAGUGUAGGAACGCAGAUCUUCAAGAUCAAUAGCAAUACGGCCGCCAUUGGCAAGUUGGUCAAGCUGGCGGAUGCUAGGCCCCCUCAGCGUGCAGCGGGGAGUAGCAGUGGAAGGGAGGAUAGGGACUGGAGUAAAGGAGCCCACGAUCUGGUCGAAUCCACACGCAUUGUCAUCAAGUCCACCACUCCCACUCUCAAACAACUCUCCAACUUAGUCGUAUCUCAGCAGCCCAACCCUUCUCCUCAACAAAAGCUUCAUCUAGCCAAGCUCCAGCGCGACUUUGAAUCGGCGCUGCAGGCUUUCAGCGAAGCGCAGAAGCUGAGUGCGAGGAAGAGCAAGGAGGAGUUGGAGGGGGCGAAGAGAGUCGUGAGAAGUCAGCAGGGAGGGAAGAGCGCUGCCUCUUCUUCUCAAGGUCGAGGACAAGGUCAGCAGCAGCUCGUCCAGCUGGAGGAGGAAGAGCGUCAAGGUGACUUCGAGGACGAGAGUGUAGGUCCUCUCUCCGCUGGCCAACAGCAACAGCAAGUGCAGCAACAGAAACAACAAGGUCCCUCUCUCGCCGAGCUCGAAUUCCAAGAAUCUCUCAUUGCCGAGCGCGAGACGUCCAUUCGGGAAAUUGAGUCUGGCAUACACGAGCUCAAUGAGAUCUUCCGGGAUCUGGGACAGAUUGUACAGGAGCAAGGAGGGAUGAUUGAUAAUAUCGAGUACAACAUUACGGAGAUUGCUACGAAUACGGAAGGUGCGGAUAGGGAGUUGGUCAGCGCGAAUGAGUACCAGAGAAAGGCUGGAAGGAGGGCGGCUUGUCUGCUACUCAUCGUCGGGUUCGUCGUAACCGUAGUGCUGCUUGCUAUCCUGAGCUAGACUCUCGUUCGUCCGACAGACCCCAGAUCCGCUCCGCUUACCCUCCCAACCCUCCUGUUGUACACUGUAUGUAGACCCCUAAUCCCUCCUUGUUCCCUCCAGUCCAAUGACGAACACUUCCUCGCGACCUACAAAUAGUGUUCUUCUCGCCCACUCUUCCUGUCUGUCUGCCUGCCUGUCGCUCUGUCAAUAGCCCUACUAUUUCUUUAAUGACCGUCUAUCCUGUGCUCAGAUUGUCACGUCACGCUAGCGGCCUCCGAGUGGGGUAUCAUGGUCAUUAUCAUUACAAG